UGCGUUGUCUAGAAAUGUUGAAAAGGUUAAAAGCCUUUAUUUUAAUCUUUUUAUUACUUCAAGUGUGUGUAUAGAUGCGUAUCAAAAUUUGUUUGGCUGCAAGUGAAGCAUUUUCUGGAAAUCAUACUGGAGUGUAAAAAUAGAGAGCCAUCGUGUAGGAAAAGGAGUUAGGAAAUUAAUGCAUCUUUCUUGUAUUAGACUAUAAACUCAGGGUAAUUCAGGUUGGAAGGGAUCUUGGGGGUUACCUGGUUCUACCCUGUAGAUCAGAGCAGGGCCAGGCUUGUAGGUAUCUCAGAUUGCUGAGGGUCAUAUGCAAUCAAGUCUUGAAAAUCUGGUUGACUUACUUAAAAAUGUGACUUGCUACUUUUUAUUAAGAUACUUGGACCAGUUGGGUGCAGGUUUUUAAUUAAAGUAACAGCUAAAAACCCCUCUUCUUUAUUAAUACGUGUAAUUGCGAGUGGUUUAAUUUUAAUUCUCUAGUGUGUUUUGUAGUGAGAGUUAAGAGAUGGUGCAAGCUUGUGUAUGUCGUCUUGCUGAGAAUGAGAAACAAUCUAAUUUGCUCAACAGAAGCAGAUUCUAUCUGGUACCUUUUCCAUUAAUGCUCUUCUGGGUUGGCUUCCAGUAGCUGCAGAUAGACUUGUUGAGAACUGAGGCUAUACAGAUUUAGUUGGUCGCAAACUGUUUUCUGGCAAGUUUUUGAUUUUGGGUUUUGAAUUGUCAUGCUCCACUGAUUCAUUAGGGCUUUGUGAAGCACAGCAGAAUUCAACUUUUGAAAUAAGCCAUUGGACUGACAGGUCCUUCAUUUCAAAGCACUGACUGCUAUUAAGAACGCGCAAGCUGCGCUGACACCUCUGGUAUUGCUACUUAGGCUCUCUAUUGCCAAGUGGAAGUCUGUUAGCUAUGGAAGCUCUGUCCCCUGAGGGCUGGAAUCUCUUUGUGCAAUAGCCAUCAGCUGUAUUGAGUUAGAGCCUUCCUGAGCCGUGUGGCAAACUUAAGGAUACAUGAAUGUAUUUAUUAAGAGGAAAUUAAAGGUUAUGCUCAGUGCUUACUAUUGCUAAAGAAAGUUGCGCCUUCAGGGUAGAUAAUGAUGCCCUGUAGAGAUCAUCUGUCUUGACCAUGUUUUCAUCUCUACUUGCUAUCCCUUUUGACUAGACAAAAGUGGCAUUAUCACUACAUCUGCUGCCUUAAAAAUUACUAAAUUAAUUAUCUGGGGAUUGUUUGUAUCUGACAGGCAAAUGUGAGAAAUUUGGGGGGUUGUCUGAUUAAUUUGCCUUUUUUCUUGGUCUUCCUUUUAAGAAGAAAAUAGUUUAACUAGCAUGGAUGAUAGAGGUUUUCAAUUUAGGACUUCGAGGAGUUCAGCUACCAUGCAGAGAAAGAGAUAUUUAUGUUAUUGAUGACCUAGGAUCAAAACCAAAGAAGGUAACAUCCUACCUCACAACUGAGAAGCGAUUGUCUCUAUGUGGGAGGUGAUAGAAAUUGAACCACUUAACAGGUUAUUGUAAGGGCCAGCACAUAGGAUGCUAUAAAAAUAUGAAGAGCAAUGGAAAGUGUGAGCCUGUUCAAGACGCUUGGAGUUAGCAGCAGGCAUAUCUGCUCUUCAUUUCUCUGUCUCCCUGUUUAGGAAGACUCUCCUGUAUCAGCAUAAGUUUUUAUACAGCUCCCAUUAGUGCACUGCUUAUGAGGAAACUCACUUUUGAUUUGCUGUAGAUGUUUACUGAGAAACCCAUGCAAACUGAAAAUUCAGAAUGACAUUAUUCAACAGAUACUUUAUUCUUUAAGCUAAACUUCUCUGCUAAAUGAAGCAGAGGUGCCAGGAAAAACUCAGUACUUGCACAAGGGCAGAAUUAGAAGGUUUUGUAUUUUCAGAGCAUGGGCUGUGGCUGUUCCUUUUUGCGUGGCUGGGGCUUCAACCCAGCACUGUGGAGAUGUGUGCGGAUGGCAACCUUGCUGUAAAGGUCUUGCUGACUGUGGAGUCAGAGCUUAAAAUAGACUGAUAUUCUAGUAUUUUACUAGAAAACUGGAGUAUUUUGGAAGGCUUUUUUUUAGCAUCAGGCAAAGAAAUUGAGCAAAUGAGUUAUCGUUUAUAUUUUAACUGUCUUUUUAAGACUCUGACUCAAGUUUUUAUGAUUCAUAUGAAGAUGAUUUAAGUAGUACCCAACCUUUCUGUGCUGCUAAGUGUUCUUCUCAUCCACAGGCCAUGUAUCGGGUAGUGCAUCUUCACAGCCUCUGCAGUUCAUGACCCAGCACGUUAGCUUGAACUGCCGUUGAUUUUGGUUUACACUCGUGCUCUGGGUGUUGAGCUCUGGUGGCUGUGCUGUCUCACCACCUGGUUUGCCCUAUUCGUGCUGCUGGAACCUGGAGCAGGAGGAGGGGGUAGAAGGCUGAAGGGAAUAACUUCCUCAACACUGCACUGGUGAGGAGAGGAAACCAGGAACUAAAGGCACUGGAAUCAGCAGACAUAUCUAGAGAAAGUGGAGAAGGUAGAGAAUGGAGCUGCAGACUCUACAGGAGGCUCUGAAAGUGGAAAUUCAGGUUCACCAGAAACUGGUUGCCCAAAUGAAGCAAGAUCCACAGAUAUUUUUUCUUUCUAAUCAGAAUGCUGAUUUGAAGAAACAGCUUCAUGAACUUCAAGCCAAAAUCACAGCUCUGAGUGAGAAACAGAAAAGAGUGGUGGAACAGCUUCGAAAGAAUUUGAUAGUGAAGCAGGAACAGCCAGACAGUAAGUUUCAAAUACAGCCAUUGGCACAGUCAGAAAACAAACUACAGACGCCACAGCCACAACCACUGCAACAAUUACAGCAACACCACCAUCAACAGCAGCAGCAGUCUACUGCACCCUCUCCAAACGUGAUUGGAUCACAGAAAACAGUAACUACAGCUUCUAUGAUCACCACUAAGACACUACCUCUCGUCUUGAAAGCAGCAACUGCGACCAUGCCUGCCUCCGUUGUGGGUCAGAGACCUACCAUUGCCAUGGUUACUGCUAUCAACAACAACCAGAAAGCAGUCCUCAGCACUGAUGCGCAGAAUGCACCGGUCAACCUCCAGACAACAAAUAAGGUCACUGGGCCAGGAGCUGAGACAGUCCAAAUAGUGGCGAAAAACACAGUCACUUUGCAGGUUCAGGCUACACCCCAGCCCAUCAAAGUGCCGCAGUUCAUCCCUCCUCCCAGACUCACUCCUCGUCCAAAUUUUCUUCCACAGGUUCGACCUAAGCCAGUUGCCCAAAAUAACAUUCCUAUUGCCCCAGCACCUCCUCCAAUGCUUGCAGCUCCUCAGCUUAUUCAGAGGCCUGUGAUGCUGACAACAAAGUUCACACCCACCUCUUUACCCAACUCUCAGAACUCCAUACAUCCAGUUCGUGUAGUUAACGGGCAGACAGCAACCAUAGCCAAAACUUUCCCUAUGGCACAGCUCACCAGCAUCGUGAUAGCAGCACCAGGUACCAGGCUUGCUGGACCUCAGACUGUACAGAUCAGCAAACCAAACGUUGAAAAACAGACUAUUAAACCACAUGUGGAAGCAGAAGAGAAGCAAACAGAAAGUCGUACAGUUACUCCACCUGCUGCACCGAAGCCAAAACGAGAAGAAAAUCCACAGAAACUUGCCUUCAUGGUGUCUCUAGGACUAGUUACUCACGACCAUCUGGAAGAAAUCCAAAGUAAGCGACAAGAGAGGAAAAGAAGAACAACAGCAAAUCCAGUAUACAGUGGAGCUGUUUUUGAGCCUGAGCGCAAGAAGAGUGCAGUCACGUACCUGAACAGCACAAUGCAUCCUGGAACGCGUAAAAGAGGUCGUCCACCUAAGUACAACACGGUGCUGGGGUUUGGGGCUUUGACGCCCACGUCCCCUCUGUCCAGUUAUCCCGACUCCCCUGAAAAUGAAAAGACAGAGACCACAUUUACUUUUCCCGCGGCUGUUCAGCCUGUGUCCCUGCCUAGCCCCAGCUCCACAGACGGCGAUAUCCAUGAGGAUUUUUGCAGUGUUUGCAGAAAAAGUGGGCAGUUGCUGAUGUGUGACACAUGUUCACGUGUUUAUCACCUGGACUGUCUGGAUCCGCCUCUGAAAACCAUUCCCAAGGGCAUGUGGAUCUGUCCCAAAUGUCAAGACCAGAUGUUAAAGAAAGAAGAAGCAAUCCCAUGGCCAGGAACUUUAGCAAUUGUUCAUUCAUAUAUUGCGUAUAAAGCAGCAAAAGAAGAAGAAAAACAGAAACUACUUAAAUGGAGUUCAGAUUUAAAACAGGAAAGAGAACAACUAGAGCAGAAGGUCAAACAGCUCAGCAAUUCUAUAACAAAAUGCAUGGAAAUGAAGAAUACCAUCCUUGCAAAACAGAAGGAGAUGCACAGCUCCUUGGAGAAGGUAAAACAGCUGAUCCGCCUCAUCCAAGGCAUCGACCUUUCAAAACCCAUAAACUCUGAGGUCAAUUCAGUAGCCAUCUCCAAUGGCAUGGACUCCACUAACAAUACUAAUGCUGCCACCUCCACCUUAGCCCCCUCCCCUUCCCAGAGCUGCAUGGUGAACUGUAACAAGGGCGAUGAGACUAAAUAACACAGUGAAGCUCAGAAGGAGCCAGGGGAGGUGGCGGCGAGGAGGAGAAGCGAAAUAACAAAACUCUAGAAAAGCAAAACCGGAUUUCUUCUGGAAAGUGCAGAAUUCUUUAGUUCUUUGGUUCCAGAGAGAGCGUGAAGAUGCUUGUGCCAGGCGGCACCGGAGUUUGCCAAUUGAUCCUUCUUAUUCUGUGUGUACAUGCAAAGUUUGGAUCAUGAUACAUGAAUAGUGCCAGCUGGGGGUUCUUUGCCAGCACCAUGCCAAGUGAAAUAAUAUAUUUACUCUCUCUAUAUUUUACACCAGUGUGUGCCUGCAGCAGCCUCCACAGCCACUAUAGGUUUGUUUUAUUUUUGUUUGGGGUGAGGAGCAGGGAUAAGGGAGGAGAGCAGGUUUCAAAUCCUUAUUUGCAGAACAGUUUGUUUAGCUAGGGGAAAACAAAAACAAGUCCAAAGAGCCUGUGGGCUUUUCCUGUUUCUAAACUCUCAGUACUAUUAAACCAAAAAAAAACCAGAAAUAUAAAUUAUCAAAUCCCAGUGCCCAGAAGGGACAAGGCUAUCAAAUAAGCAGUAUUUACUAUUGUUUAGACAGGAGAUGUACAAAAGGAAAGGAGAUGGACUUUUCACUGAGUAACCAGCACAUGUACAGGCUGAAGACCUACUGUCCCAACAGCUUUGGGUUAAAUUGUACUUCUUCACAUCAGAGAAAUACAUGCUUUGCAGAACUGAUUCAAAUCUUCACACUCAUCCAGAAAGCCUGUGUUGGGAAUGGGAGAAUAGAGGGCCAGAAUCCAGGGUCAGCUUGGAGUGUUGGAUGGAGGUGUCCCAAGAGAAAAUGUGCAUCGAUUACUUGAAAAUGAGAUUCCAACCCUUUUCUAUAUUUAUAAACAACAAAACUGUCCUGAACAAAGUAGCACAUGACCCAGAUGUGUGAACUGAACAGAGAAAUGUCCUUUUCUUUCACUUCUUUUCUCUUCUUUUGGUAACAAGAACUAAAUAAGGAAUAGAAAAGCUGUUUUUCAGGCUGACAGUCUAAUUAAAGAGGUAGAUGGGACCUUGCAUGGUAUAGAUUAGAAGUAAUAGUGUCAGUGAGAUACAGUGAGUCUUUGUGAGUCCUUGUGUCAUCGUUUUGGGCACUGUUUUUUUAUGCAAGGGCAAAAUCUUUGUAUCUGGGGGUAAAAAAACAACUUUUUUAAAUUAAAAAGGAAAAUAAAAGAUAUUGAGGUCUUCCUAGUGUUACUUAAAAUAAGAUCAAGGUAAGAAACAUUGUAAAAAAAAAAAAAAAAAAAUUACAAAAGUGCUAUUUGUUUCCUAAACAAGUGAUUUCUAUUAAAAAGGUGUCAGAACUGGAGAAAAUGCUGUGUACUUAGAAUUUUUUAACACAGACUUUGCUUAUUUAUGAUGACAUUCUGCUGUGUUUGUGUUUUAAGAUCCAACGGGACAGUUUCCCUAGAUUAUACCAUACAUGCUACUGGCUAAACCCUAAAGAGAAUCAAAUCCACAGCGCUGGAUCUCACCCCACGUGGAGGAUCUGCCUAGCUUGUCUCUGCUGUUACCGUAUCUUCCCCCUUCCUUGAUGCGUGCGUAACCCAGAGAAAAGCACUGGCAGUGUACUUGCUUAAGGCUUUAAUGCUUUUGUGAUAUGGACUGAUUAGAGCUUGAGAAUGAAAGAGCGUUUGUUGGGCUGAAGUCACUUUCAUUAUACCCUUUAUUUAAGAAGUUCAUCUCUUGCACAUAGCCUUUUCACUAUAGGUACCAAAGCUUUCCUCGUGCUCCUGUUGUGGUGGGGUCUGUCCCAGCGUAGAGUACUGACUCGUGUCACUUAGGGCUAUGUCACAGAGCUGCCCGCUUUCACUGCUGCAUGGAAAUAUUUGGGCAAACUCUGAUUCCACUGGAAGUGCUGGCAAAACUCCCGUUGCUCCCAGUGGGAGCAGAGCUGAGCUUCUCCGCAGGCAGUACGAGGCCAGGUCCCUGCUGUGGUGCCCUCCAGAGCGUGCAUUAGGCAGUCCUGCCCAGCCGCUGAUCCUUCUGGAACAGAGAAAGCCUUGCAUUUCAGGGCUGCAUUUCUGAGAAAGAAGUAGCAAAUGCUCCAAAUGCUACAUAGCCUGAAAGAGUCUCCUUGCUGCCGCAGCCAAGCAUGCUUCUGCAGGAUUCUUGGCGCUGCUCUCUUCCCCUUCCUUUGCUCACCCUCCUGACCUUUAAGGACUUCUCCCAGGACUGUGUGCUAUUUUCAGAACUGAGCUCAGAACUGAUAUCCUGAGUUCUCAUGUUUAUCCGCAGCUUGGGAAAAUGACUCUUAGGUGCACAUCCCAGUGCACCUAAGUAAACCUGUGAUCACCUCACCUCACGGUUUGGAUAUUUGCUAGCAGAGCUGUAGGAUCAAACCGAUCGAACUAAACAUGUUCUACUUGCAUCAACCCAAUUACCAGUUGAAGUCAUUACCAUCGCACAUCCUGGCCAGGUUCUUCUCUAGUUGGUUGCUUGGGUAACUCCCCUUCUUCUGAGCUGUGAAGUACAUUCCCAGUAAGAGCCAGUAUCUUCAUGUUCUCAUGUUCUUCUUUCUGGUGUUAUUUUCUGAGCUCUGCUGGGAGCACUGCACUCCUUGGAUGUAGUAAGCUGCUGGAAGACUUGAGAGUCCUUCUGUUUGCUUUGCUGUUUCAGGAAGGGAUGGGAAUGAAAUUCACUGGUAGCUGCAUUUAAAUCUGAGCAUAGUUACCCAGCCAGGAGAUGUUAAAACAGCUGUUACUGCUUUUUCAAGGCAUCUGCUUGUCUUUAGAAACUGAGUAGCUAAGUACAGACUUUUGUCUCCUUUUCUUCCAGCCUUGUGUUCCAGACUGUCAAAGGACACCUUUAGUUAAUCAUUGCUUGGCAGAGAAAUGACCUCAACUGUUCAGUGCUGCUGGGUAGUUUUUGCUCCCUGAUCCUGUUUGAGCACUUUCCUUCCUGGCUCUGCAGCACUAUCAGCCAACAGGCAAAGAUCAUUCCCAGGGCUGUGCUGACACUGGCACUGAUGUUGGUACACAGGCACGAGUAAAUUUUUGCCCAAUUAGCAGCAAUGAGGUUGAAGGGGAAAUGCUGUUUGCUAAAUACAGAGGGAAAUGUUGUUCUGUUUUCUACCUGCUCUCAGAGUUUCCAAUGAAGGGCAAAAUUCAAACUUUUUGACAAGUUUAAGUUCAAGCUUUUCUUUCGGAUUUGUUGGGUGUUGUGGUUUUGUUCUGUUUUGUUUUUCUCUCAUGCAACAUUUGAGACAGGCUGAGUUGGUAUUAGAACUUCUCUUCAAGAAGCUGUCCUAAUGACUGGCAUUUUGUAUUUCCAAACCACCAUAAAGGUAACAACUAAUUCUUAUGUCAUCGCUUGUCAUUAGUGGGAAAUAAGUGGCUUUUAAGUCUCACUCGUAAAGGAGAAGAAGAUGAGACCACAGAGGAAGCUCCUAUCAGAGAUGUUCCUGGCACUCAGCCUAGUGCUAAGGGCUUUCAGAAGUCAUCCUGCUGCUUUAACUGCUCAGAAAUAGAAUAAGAAUUGCAGAAACAGUUUUCCCCUUCUCCUCGCAAUCUGUUCUUUAAGCAGCUGGAAAAGUAUGGUGUGGUCAAAGCCUGAAAACGAGCAUGUGAUCUGGCCAGAAGAAUUAGUGCUACCAUUAGAUCCUCUUUAUCUUCGUUUAGUGCCAGCAGAACUUUUAGCGCUGUGCAAAAUGCGGUGAAGGCAAUCCUUCCAGGGAUGAGUGGUGCAGAUGGUUCUUCAUUAGCCAAGAGUCACCAUGGCAGUAGGAGGAACCAACAGUUUGCAUGAACAGAGCAAAGAUUUUGUCCUUUAAACAAGUGAAUUUCUGUCAGUGGGGACAUGAGCUAAAAGACACCUGCUGAGAAAUUAAAGAGGUAAGAAUUUUACAGGCACAGUAUUGGUUGUUUUGAUAGCAGAAAAAAUGGCCUGGUAUUUUAUCCCUCCCAACAGACCAGGCUUGAGAGAGCAAAUCUGUAUUCCAGCUGUCUAGGUGUAUAGACCCUAAUUCUGGCCUCCUUGGCUUCAAAAUCAUCAUCUUCCAUGGACAGAUGCAGAGGCAGCCCCAAAAAGCAAUAUGGUCAACAUUGAAGUCUCCCUCUUGGUCGCACCAUGCUGUGGCAGCCCACAAUACAGGGAGUAAACUCUGACAUCUCCUUCUCCUGUGGAUGCAGUGGAAAAUACCUGUGACUUUGCAGUGCAUAUUUCUCUUUCCUUUUGUUUCCCAGCUGAGUAGGGCCCCUGCCCUCUUUGCUUCUGAAGCACUGGUGACGAAUAUAUGUUUUUUUAAUGAAAUGUGUUUUUAGAAGAUCAUAUUCAGAUGUCAAACCAGAUUCACUCUUUCACUGGGGGCUUCCCUCUGCCAGCUGCUCAGAUACCAACUCAAAUACUGAUAUUACACUUCCUGGUGGACCAUGCCCCUUUGGGCAGACUUUGUUGUGUCUUUUCAGAACUGUUCUGACCCUUCUUCACCUCCAUUUUGUCCUCCUUUGGGAUUCUGAAGAUCUGGGGCAAGGUCAGCCUUGCUGGGUUACUGCAGAGAGUUUUCUGAUAGACACAUUUGUAGAAACUCUGCUGAAGAGUCAGGAACCUGGAGAAAGACAACAGCACUGUGUCGUGCAGCUGAUUCAUUUGGCACUGAGGCUUGCCUGGCCAACAAACUACCUCAGCAAAGGCCAUUCCUGAGCACCGCAUGGAUUCUGUAGUUUCCAUUAUCCAGAAGGCAAAAUGUCUCCAAAGAAGCCUUGCAAGCAGCCAGCUAGGUGCCGGCCUCUGAAUGCGUGCGAGCGAGCCUUAUAGCAGCGCAUUAUCAAACAUUUGCUUUCAUUGGUCAGACCUGGGCCAGGGAAUGCCCUAAAAAUCAGGGGGAUCAGGAACACACAAGAGCUGCAGACGUCUCCAGGUUAUUGCCGUCUUACUCAGAUCCUUCUUUGAGCCUCAGUCUUGUUUGUAACACCUACAGAAUGGAAUGUAAUACUUGAAAAUAUGACGCUCAUUAUCUUUUACCUUUAGCUCCCAUUUUCCCAAUGUUUAUCUUUCAUCUGGGACAAGAACUUUCUGCAUCGUUGUGUCUUGUAUAGGCUGAGCACAUAGUUGAAACUUGCCAAUAAAGAGAAUUAUUUAUACCA